AUGAUGGAUUACACCGGAGUCUUGGCGACAUCGAUUUUCGGGUUUUUGGCGCUGCGAACUGUUUACCAUUUGUAUUUUCAUCCGUUGUCCAAAUUCCCAGGUCCGAAGAUUGCUGCUGCUACUUUCCUUUAUGAGUUCUACUACGAUAUUAUCAAGAGUGGCAUGUACAUUUGGGAAAUCGAGCGCAUGCACGAGAAAUACGGCCCAAUUGUGCGCAUCAACCCACGAGAGAUACACAUAAAAGACCCCUACUACUACGACGAAAUCCACGCCGGCAGCGCGCGCAAAAGAUCAAAGGACCCCAAAUACGCCGUGGCUUUCGGCGCACCCUCUUCCCUAGUAGGAACAAUAGGCCACGACCACCACCGCUUUCGCCGCAACAUCCUAAGCAACUACUUCUCCAAACGCUCCGUGCAAAGCCUGAGCCCGUUAAUCCACGAGAAAGUCGACAAACUCAUCAGCAACUUCGAAAAAGCAUACAAAGCAGGCACCGUCCUCCGUCUCCAUUUGGACUUCGCGGCCCUAACCGCCGAUGUCAUCACCCACUAUUCUUACGGCUGGAGCCACGGCUACCUAGACGAUAGCGCCGGCUCGCGCAGCAAUGAUCUCGCCGACGCUGUUAAUGGGUUGAUGGUCAUGUUUCAUAUUAACCGGUUCUUCCCGUUCCUGAUUACGGUUUUUAGGGCUGCGCCGCCGGCUCUGUUGCGUUGGUCGCAGCCUUGUAUGGCUGAUUUGUUUGAUUUGAAGAGUCGAUUGCGGAGACAGGCUAGUGAGACUGUGAAGAAACAGCAGGAGACGAAUGGUACAGACGGGGAGGGGCGGUCGACUAUUUUUCAUGCGUUGACUAGUUUGGAUGUGCCGGCGAAUGAAAGGGGCCUUGAUCGCUUGGAGGAUGAGUCCGCUUUGCUUCUUGGCGCUGGUACCGAGACUACUGCGAGGGCGAUUGCUGUUUCGGUGUUUUAUCUUGCGCGGGAUAAGGAUCUUCUUGAUAAGUUGCGUGUUGAGUUGAAGACUGUUCUUGAGACGCCGUCGUCUAGGGCCUCUUGGACAGACUUGGAGAAGUUGCCUUAUUUGACGGGCGUUGUGAACGAAGGUCUUCGUCUUAGCCAUGGCAUGACAACUCGCCUAGCUCGGGUUUCGCCGACCGAGCCUAUGUUCUAUAACGACUGGGUAAUCCCCGCCGGAACCCCUGUCAGCCAAUCAAACUACUUCGUCCACAUGGACUCAACCCUCUUCCCAGAGCCCGAAAAAUUCGACCCGGAGCGCUGGAUUCGCGCCGCAGAGAAAGGCGAAUACCUAAAUCGAUUCAUCGUCUCGUUUACAAAGGGAAGCAGACAGUGUCUCGGAAUGAAUCUUGCCUAUGCCGAGAUUUACCUAGCUCUGGCUCAUAUUGCGCGUCGUAUUGAUUUCGCACUUUACGAGACUACCGUUGAUAAUAUCGCUGUUUAUCGCGAUUUGGGUAUUGGAUGUCCUAAGGUUGGUUUCUUGGGUGUUAGGGCUAUUGUGACGGGAAUUGUGGAGGUGUGA